AAAACCAUUAACACCUGCUGGUUGAAAAAUAAGAAACGGAAUCCCAGGCGGCUAGAGCCUGGAAGAAGCAACCUCUGUGUGACCACGCUCUCUACAUUCUUCCUCCUCCAACAAAACACAAAUCACAACACUUGAGAGAUCCCCUUAAACCCUAACCCUAAUUCCUUCCACAAUAUCUCAAUGGCUUCGAAACUCUCUUCUCGUUUAGCUUCUCGUCUUGCUUCCCAUAUCCUGCAUUCCCCCAAAUCUCACCACCCUUUAAUUUCCCUUGUCCACAAAUCCCAGCCCGGCCCGCCCAUCUACACCCUCCAUUCCUUAUCCACACUCUCCCGGCCCGCCCGUUCCCACCGUUCAGCCCGGCCGGAUAUCGCAACCAAAGCCCGUCAACUCCAAACUCGCCGCUUAUGGACUUACGCUAUCACCUUCAGUUGCAUAGCUGGUUUCAUAGUAAUAGUCCUUAACCAAUUCCAAGACCAGCUCGUAUUCUACUUAACCCCAACAGAUGCCUUACUAAAACACUCCCAAAACCCUACAAAAUCCAAGUUCCGUCUCGGUGGAUUAGUACUCGAAAACAGCUUAACAUCAAUACCCAAUUCACCUGAAAUGGAAUUUGUUAUUACCGAUUUGAUUACUGAUAUUUUGGUUAAGUAUGAUGGGUCGUUGCCCGAUUUGUUCCGGGAAGGGCAUUCGGUUGUAGUGGAAGGGUUUAUAAAGCCUUUUACGGAGGAAAUGAGGGAGAAAGAGAGAGGGGUUUUGAGUGAGAGGAAGUUAGAGGUUACGGGGAAAGCCAGAAGUGGGGAUUGUUAUUUUGCGGCGAGUGAAGUGUUGGCGAAACACGAUGAGAAGUAUAUGCCGGCUGAAGUUGCAGCUGCACUUGAAAAGAAUAAGAAGUUGCUUAGUGAGAUGGAAGGGAAUGUGGAUGAGGGUGAUGGUGCUGCUACAGCGAGAGCAUAAUGCAAUCUCUUUCACAAAAAUAGCACUAGAAGCAUUGUGGUCGUUGGUGUUUUUUCUAUGAUCAUGUUACAGGAACAGCAAUGAAUGUGUGCAAAAUUUUCUAGGCUUGGCUUAUGUAGAGGUUUGAGCGGAAAAAAGAGUAGAAUAGGUUAAAGUUGACUUCUGGAAUAGGCAAAAGGCUUUCUACGUUUUGGAGGCAAUUAUGGGGUAGAAUUCUAGACGUGUUUUAUGUCUUUGAUGGGGCUUCUAUACAUGCUUAUCGUUGGCUAAUUAGAAACUAGUUAUCCAAAAUGUGCAACCGAAAAACGAAAUGAGACAUUAAAUUUUAUAGACGAAAAAUAGGUUUUGGAGGCCAGUAUGAGUAGAAUUCUGGACGUGUUUUGGUUCUUUAAUGGGGCUCUAGUUAUGCUGGCUGCUGGCUAACUAGAAACAAUUUACCCAAUUUGUAAAUUGAAGAGGAAAACAAGAUACUUUAUUUUGAUAGGUAAAUGGUCGGAUGGUGAUUCAAUGAAAAAGAAGCCUGGAACCAAAGCUUAUAAGUCUUGGAAGUCAUUAUGGGUACAAUUGUAGACUUGUUUUGGCUCUUUGAUAGUUUUGUCAUGCUGCUUAUUAGAAA